CGCUCUGUCUUCUUUUGUGAAACGUUCUUUACCCCGCAAUUACCAAAGCCAAUUAGAGCUGUUUUUCCAUGUCUUUGAUUUCAAGAAACUCAGGUACAAAAGGUAAGCAUACAGUUAAUACGGUAUGCAGUCGAGUAUAAUGUAUGAGCUUUAACUUCUUGGGCACUUGUAGUAUCUCUGAACUAACACCGAAUGGUGAUAACAAAGAGCUCUUUGGUAAUAUUGUCAGAACGGAUGGGUUUUCAGUUGACUUUCUUUUUUAUAAAAGACAACAAUCUGGCCAUGGUGCCUCGUUCCAAAAAUUUGACCUCACUCUUGAUGAUUUCUCUCUGGAUGAAGUUGACAAUACUUAUUUACCUAUUACCCUGGAUCCCGGAAGAAAGUCUGUUUUUACUGCUGCUAUUGGCCUUGAAUAUAACAGACAAGUGCGAAGAUGCACUACAUCCGAAUACUAUCAUAUGGCAGGGUCAACGAAAUAUUGUAAGAAAUUGAACAGUAUAAAAGCUGUUACAGGAAUAGAUCUAGUAGAAAGUCAAAUCCCCUCGUCAAAGACCUCUCGUCUAGGAGUAUAUGAGGCGUUCACCAGUUAUAUGCUCAAUAACUUAGACGCUCUCUUUAGUUUUUAUGGACAUGAAACAGCAAAGGACCGGUUUACGUUGUACCAAGGAAGGCAAAGAGCACCCGAAACUAUGGCCAACAUGUUGACUCAUGGAACGGCCAAGUACAAUCGCAAAAAGAGAAGCAAGGCAAGGAAGAGGAAAAAACAGCAGAAGAAGAAGAAGAAGAAAGGAAAGAAUGUUGACAAACAGCCGCCAAUCAAGUGA